AUGACUCUUAAAAUUAGCUAUAAACUUGAGCAACAGAUACUUUUGAUGUUUCCUACGGAGAAGCUGGAAUAUUACAGAUGCGACAGAAGAGGAAAAAUUUACUCCAGAUUUUGUUAUUUAAGGCAGUCGCUGAAAAAUAUAGAGAAAAAACAAUCUGCACCAGAAAGCCACGAUGGCUCAAAAGUCAUAUAUGAAGAUGUUGCAGCAGAUGCCGUUAAACGUCUUAGGUACGAGAAUGUAGAUGCAAGUGAGUUAAAUGAGCUAUGGCAACUAUCUUCUUCUAGCAGACUGGAAAAAAUUGUCAAUGAUUGUUUAAGUUUAUCAGAUAUUUUUAAGCUUUGGCCAGAGUAUAAGAAGCCAACGGGAUACAGACUAAUUGAUUUAGAUUUUAAACAUUUGUAUUCAUCUGCUAACGAUAUUCUUGAUAUCUUUGAGCCGAAAAUGAAAAAAUUGUACGACUUCUUUUCUAAGCCAAAUACUUUGAAAGAUUCCAAUUGUAGUGUGCUUCUAAAAAAGCUAACCGACGAUGUUGUUGCUAAAGGAGACACGUCCUAUAUUUUCACAACUCUUUGGUGUCUUCAUGAAUAUUUAUUUCCAACUGGGCGCGUGGUACAAAAAGACAACACCGGCAAAAAAAUAACACGAAGAUUUACUAUAAAAGACUCACAAGAGUUGGUAUGCUUCGUUGGCCAAAGCGUGCAACAAUUGGAACAAUUCAUCUCUUUUCAAAAAAGUCGAAACCUAAAUAUAUAA